AAUUUAUUAAGGAAGCCCGAACUGGGGAACAGGUUCUGAAGGAGUGAUUGUGAUUACGUAGCGGUUGGAGGGUUAUAUAAGCUGUGUCAAGAUACCCCCAAAGGACAGAGAAGACACUGCAGUUGACGGUUAAAGAUGUUCAAGCUGAUUUUCUCUUCGGCCGCAGUGCUGCUGUGCGCCAUUCACGCCACAGCGCAGGUUGUGCCAAAUGCAGAGAUCGGUCGGGUUACCAUCCAAGUGCCGUUGCUGUCUAAUGGAAAGCCCGUACUUCUGGGUAACCACGAAAGUGUUGAGGUGGCCCGCGUGGAGGAGAUCAAGCCGGGAAAGAUCCAGGUGGUCAAUGACGUAGUUGUGCCUCCAACGCUCAGCAAAGUUCGGAGUGCGAGAUCAAUUGUAGAUCAUUCAAAUCCGGGGAUACUAAAUGAAGGAAUACCGAAUCCUGGCAUUCCCAAUGCAGGAAUACCUAACCGUGGAAUCCCUAGUGCAGGAAUACCGAAUCCUGGCAUUCCCAAUGAAGGAAUACCGAACCGUGGAAUCCCUAAUGCAGGAAUACCGAAUCGUGGCAUUCCGAAUGAAGGAAUUCCAAACCCUGGCAUUCCGAAUGAAGGAAUACCGAAUCCUGGCAUACCAAAUGCAGGAAUUCCGAACCGAAUUCCGAACCGUGGCAUUCCGAAUGAGGGAAUUCCGAAUCCUGGCAUUCCCAAUAAAGGAAUUCCGAAUCCUGGCAUUCCCAACCAUGGCAUCCCAAUUCCCGAUGCCUCUGUGAUCCAACCUGUUGCUGUAAUGCCAACCCACCGCAGCACCACCAGCCCCACUAUGACGACAGUACUCCCAAGGCGCGUGCCGUCCAAGAACUGCCACCACCUGCUGCUGGCUGGGAUGACCACCGUCUCACCGUUGGAAACGAUAGCCACUCCGCCGGCAGAGAACUGCGACGAGCUGUGCACCAAGCACGAGUACAUGCCCAUCUGCGCCCACAACGGAGUGUGUGUCCACGAGUUUGCCAAUCAGUGUGUAAUGGACACGUUCAACUGCAAGCAUCGGGAUCUGUCCUUCCGCAGCGUGGACGAGGAUGUCUGCAGGCUGGAGCUGUGUGCCAGACGAUGCAAGGAGGAGGACCUAAAGCUUUAAAACUAUGAUGACAUACUUAUUCCGUAAUCUCAUAUAUCCGUAAAGCAUAAAAUACAAAUAGUGAAAAUGUAGACAAACCUCUUGAUUUCCAUUUUUGUUGAUCAGUUGAUCUCACAAUUUCUCUCUUCUAAGCUGAAAAUUAGGCUUAUAUUUCACUGUCCUUCUGACUUUCAGAAUAUUAUUGCAAUAAGUCACUGAGCUCUUCAAUUCAGGGUUUUAAUGGACAAAAUACUCUUAUAAAUUUGAUUAAUCGAGCUUCAUAAUUGUUCUGGAAUACUCCCUUUUAAGUAACUUGAUUUUAGUGGACUGUACUUAUUUUUAUUUCUUGUUCGGUUCGCUGUCUUUUCGGUACUGAAUAAUGCCGGCGCAGCGGCAAGCGAAUACAGAUGUUUUUACGUCACUUCCAUUCUAUCCUAAUUUCCAUUCUUCUUCGAGAUGGACUUAAAUAUAAAGAUGACAAAGUAAUAAUAUCGAAUGCGUUCCUCAACAAUAAUACUCAUAAAUUGUAUUUGUUCACUCCAAUUGAUUCCUUGCCGAGGGCCAAUGUCAGACAUAGGAUCAACCGGACGAAGAAAAAUUCUUUAUUCCAGUACCUAAAGCCAAUUGCAUCAAAGUCUCAGAAGCCUCAGAUGCCUCUCCCUCGAAAUUAGCCUUCCGUUUCUGGCUUGUUGUCUAAAAUUGCCUAUCAACAUAAUAUUUUCUUUCUAAAUCUGAUUCUAUAACUGAUAGGUUUA